AAAAAAGAGUUCUAUCUAUUAGAUGUCUUCUAUAAACUUACCUUAGCUAGUCGCCGUGCUAAUAUUCACUUUGAAGUAAAGUCAAUGACACACCGUAUUACAACAGAUUCUCACACAAAUUUGAUUGGAUUUUACUAUUUCUCAGUAUCUCUAGAUUUGAAAUUAAAAUUACUUUUCUUUUAUUGUGAUCAUUUCAAGGUGAUAGAUUUCUUGUCUCUCUGGUUGAGUGAAUUAAUACAAUGACAAAUUGUAAUACAACAAUAACUCGUUCUCUGAACUCAAGCUUGGAUUGUGUCAGUACGUUGUCGUUGUUAGCUGUGACAUCGCUUGAACACAAUGAAAACUUGGAAGAAUCAGAAGUUGUCAGGAAAACACAACAACCGCCACUGGUGGAAUCCAACUUUCCGAUGGCCCUGGUGUACGUGAUAUUAAUGAUCUCUGCACUGGCCAUUGGGUCAGUGGGCAACAUCUUAAUCCUGGCCUCAAGUGCUUGCUUUAGAAGUCUUCGGAAAACUGGAUUUAUUUUCAACAUCAAUCUAGCACUGGCUGACCUUUGCGUCUCGUCCAUUGCUGACCCUAUGUGCGUCAUAGCUGUUCUAAAAGGGGAAGCUUGGUUCAAUGACAAACCAUUUCUCUGUGAGACAGUCGCCAUCAUGUGUUUGACGUCAUGUUUCUGUGCAUUCCUCAGCCUCACCCUGGCAAGUCUAAACAGGUAUGUGUUUGUCUGUCACAACCUGCUCUACAAUCGUAUCUUUACCAAGAGACUUUGUGUUCUUAUGUGCAUUACUGCCUGGGUUAUUGCAUUCUUCUUUGAGUUUCCAAAUCUUAUAGGAUGGGGUCGGCACACGUUUGAUAAAAAGAGUAAUCAGUGCAUCUGGGAUCGAACAGCGAGUUUCUCUUAUACAUUGAUUGUGUCUGUCUGUCUGAUUGGGACACCACUCCUCACCAUGACAAUGUGUUAUGUUCUCAUCUUCAAGAAAAUUUAUAGCACGAAGGCUAACUUGUACCGGAUGGAAACUGACAAUCCAGACCUAAAGAAAAAAAUCUGGAGCGAGACAGUGAAAUCGUCCAGAAUGUUGUUUAUCAUUUUCGUCGUGUUUGUGGUGCUGUGGACCCCGUACGCCGUAGUGAUAGCCGCAGACGUUAACGAUGACAUGCCCGUGGCACUGCAUCUCUUUGUCACCAUGCUGGCCCACCUGCACUCUAGCGUCAAUUUCACUGUCUACAUGGUCGGCAACAGAAACUUCCGCCUGGCGGUGAUGCAGCUCCUUCGCUGCGGAAGUUGCAGGGACGUCGCGUCUUCUUCCUACGCAUCAGAAACUAAAUCCAGCGGCAACCUCAAGACGACUGAAACAACAUCGUCCAGCAUCUACGUCACAGAAAAGUGCGCGCAGUAAACUCAUGGUAAAUUGAAGCAAUUUGUGGAUUUUUUGGAAACUCAAAUUUGUAGCUUAUUGUGAAAAUGUCCCAACAAUACGGAAGAAUAGGGUCUUGAUCUAUAAAUACAAUGUUCAAUGUUUUAAUAUUAAACCUUUGAAUUGUAAAAUAUUGGGUUUUUUUUUACAAAUUUUAGUUUAUUUUUUAUAAAGAAACUAAAAAGCAAAAUAAAACACAAA